AUGGCAUCGUUCGUGGAGCGGUUUGGACGACAUAUAUCAGACAUAUUUCUGACAAUCAGAGCACAAUGUCUUCUCUCUCCACAGGAAGAGCCUUACGUGAUGUUCAAGAAGUCAGAUAAGCCGCUGUACGGUAACGAUCGCUUCGAGGGCUUCUGCAUCGAUCUGCUGCGAGAGCUGGCUGCCAUCCUGGGCUUCACCUACGAAGUGCGACUGGUGGAGGAUGGCAAGUACGGAGCGCAGGAAGAGAGCACGGGCCAGUGGAACGGCAUGAUCCGAGAACUGAUGGACCAUAAAGCUGAUCUUGCAGUGGCACCCCUGGCCAUCACAUACGUGCGGGAGAAGGUCAUCGACUUUUCCAAACCCUUCAUGACGCUGGGGAUAAGUAUACUGUACCGCAAACCCAAUGGCACCAACCCGGGGGUGUUCUCCUUUCUCAACCCCCUGUCCCCCGACAUCUGGAUGUAUAUUCUGCUCGCUUACUUGGGUGUCAGUUGUGUGCUGUUUGUCAUAGCCAGGUUUAGCCCCUACGAAUGGUAUAACCCCCACCCGUGCAACCCCGACUCGGACGUGGUGGAAAACAAUUUCACCCUGCUAAAUAGUUUCUGGUUCGGAGUUGGAGCUCUCAUGCAGCAAGGAUCUGAGCUCAUGCCCAAAGCCCUUUCCACCAGGAUAGUAGGAGGCAUCUGGUGGUUUUUUACCCUAAUCAUCAUCUCCUCCUACACGGCCAACCUAGCCGCCUUUCUUACCGUGGAGAGAAUGGAAUCUCCAAUUGACUCGGCCGAUGACCUGGCCAAGCAGACCAAGAUUGAGUAUGGAGUGGUGGAGGAUGGUGCUACAAUGACCUUCUUUAGGAAAUCAAAGAUCUCCACUUAUGAUAAGAUGUGGGAGUUCAUGAGCAGUCGAAGACAUUCGGUGAUGGUGAAGAGCAUCGAGGAAGGAAUCGAACGUGUGCUCACCUCUGAUUAUGCUUUCCUUAUGGAGUCCACCACCAUCGAAUUUGUCACUCAGCGCAACUGCAACCUCACGCAGAUCGGAGGCCUCAUAGACUCCAAGGCCUACGGGGUCGGCACCCCAAUGGGCUGUGUCAGCAGCAGAAAUAUAGAAGAAGAAAAAAACAACUGUCCUCAGUAA